AUGCCUCCUCCACCAAAACUCCUCCGUACUCAAGUCCUCGAUCACUUGAACGAUCCAUCCACGACGAAGAAAUACGUCGGUUUAGCGUUAGCCGUGAAGUUGUUACAACAAAAACUUGGGGAAGAAGAAGACCAAUCGAAUUCCGAUUUCGUUCGUGACGAUGACGACGACGUCUUCCUCUCCGUCUGCCAAGCGGCGAUGAGAGACGACUUUUUGUUCUCGCUGAUUAGUCCUCCUCGUGAGGAUGAUGAUGAUGCCGAUGACGACGAUUCAGACGACGACGAGAGCAAAAGUUUAAGUCAAAAGAAGACGAAGGAUUUUAACAUCAAUCAACCGGAAAAUAUGCAGAAAAGAAGUCUAGGUAUCAACGUCUGCGCGAGUUUAGCCGCCGGUUCGAGAGAGUGCGCGUUAGUAUUACUCCCAAUAUUGGAGGAAUUAUAUACGAACUCGAAGAUCAUCUUACCGAGGGACAGCAUGGCAAAAGUGUGCGAAUUUACGGAUCGAACGCUCGUGGCGGUGGUCCGCGCCGACGACGGCUCGUGGAAGGGCGAGGACGACAAAUGGAAGUGGAAAGAUACUCCACUGAAGAUCUUGAAGGAGUGCGUGUGCGAGAUGUGUGAUAUUUUGUGUGAGGCGUUUGAAUCUGAAGAGGAGGAAGAGAGGAAUGAAAACGAGGCGCUCAUCGUGUCAGGGAUCGCUGCUUUGAAUAAUAUUGUGAGGGAGAUUUGUCUCGCGCACGAUAAGGAAAACGUUUUCGCGUUCGAUCCGUACGAAGAAUUGGAUUUAGUAUAUGACAGCGAAGAUGAAGCCUCGAAUCCGUACGUGGACAUUGCGAAUCAUAUCGCGGUUAGUAAUGGGAUGAUUGGUAGAGUUGCGAGGGAGUGUUUGUAUAAGAGAGCUGGGACGGAGGCAGCGUUGGUGGCUUUAGAACUCAUCAACACGGUGAUAGACGCAAAAAUAUUAGGUGAAAACGACGAGAGCGCAAAGCAUCGAUAUAAGCAUUUGGCAUGGGAAGAUUUUGAGAGCAAGUGGUCGAACGAGCUUCGCGAGGGAUUGAAGUUCAUCUUGUCGUCCAAGAGUGUCGGUAAAAGACAACGAAGGCUCGCGGUGCACGUCGCGGCCUACGUGCAACACUGCUGCGGAGAUGAUGGUUGGAUGCUGAAAAGCUCGCCGUCGUCGCUUUCAGAAACGAGCAAGGAGAAGAAGAAGAAUAACAACAAGAAGAAAAUACCAGGCGGAAGAGUAGCUGCCGCUGCCGAAAAGACCAAGAACAUCACGCUCUUCGAACUCGUCUCGCAGAUUUGCCGCGUGGAGAUGCAAAUCGAAAUUCAUCAUUUACUCGAAUCGGACGAUAACGAGAUACGAUAUAACGCGAGCGAGGAUUUACGUGAUAACUUGCAAAAUUUUGGAACCCUCGUGCGAGUGUUCACGCUCGCCAUCGGAGGAGGGGACGACGAAGGAGGAGACGAUGUGGACGAUGUCACAAAAGGCUUGGAGAAUCUUGACAUCUCCGCGGAAGGGGCGAUGAAACAACUAAACGUGAUCGUUUCCGUUAUGGGUAGUCUGCUGGAAGUCAUAGGCUCGGCUGAAAACUACGAGCGCUUGGAUGAAUGUGGCGCAGACCCGUUUCUUAUGUUCACGAUUGCGGAUAUUGUGACGAGAUUUGCGAACGAGCUCGAGGUUGUUCACGUAGGCGAAAUCGACGCGAGCAUGAAACACGUCGCGGAAAAUAUGCGUAAAAGACUCGCUCAGAUAGACAGUUCGUCGAAGAAGAAUGGUAAACUUCAAUACGGAUGGGAUCGAAUGGAAUCAGUCAUAUACAACUUCAACGUUCGAAUUUGGAGUACCUUUGAAACCGCGGACGAUCCCGAGCGUCUCGAGUGCCAGAUCAAUUCUGGUUUCAUCUCGCUCUUAUUUGAAAUGAUUGCAGAUAAUAUCUCCGCGAAAUGCGACGUAUUUCCUGAUUCUUUUGACGCGCGGACGAAGUUCUUGAGCUGGGUCGCGAAAUACGCGGAUGAUUUGGCCCAGGACAUGUCCCGGAUGCUCGUCGAAGGAUGGUCGGACCGCCUUCGCGUCUUGAACUUAGAUCCCGGCGAAAUCGAACGAAUAAAGAAGCAAUGGGCGAAACUCACAAAAGCCGUCCAAGAAGGAAAAGUAACGACCACUGAUUACGUGAAAUCUUCUUCGCUACGUGAGAAAUCAGCCAAAGUAGCGGAAGGAAUACUUCGGAUUUUUGAAGAUCUGGACGACCCGAAACGCUUAGACGUUUUGUGCGGCAGCUUAUAG